AUGGAAUCUCCAGAACAUCGUACAGUGGGAAUUGUGGUGGCAAGCAUUAUGCUCUGCUUCUCCUGCUCUUGCUUGCUGGUUUGUGGGAUUUGCAUCUGCAUGUGCGUGCGGGGGGUCCCUCCAAAGUACGUCCCGCGCGUGGAGGCCUACCUGAAGGAAUUGGAGGCUCAGGGCUACCUGCCCAACUGGGAUGGUAUGACAGAAGUUGAGAAGCAGCAGCAAAGUCCCACAUCUGGGGAGCCCGAGGACUUGCCCCCCUUGGAGGAGAUCGUUCUAGAACCCAAGCCGCAAGUUCCAGCAAAGCCUGGAGCAGACGACAGCGGGACCUAA